CUGCAAUGCCAUCAUCCCCAUUCUUGACUUGACUGUCAACUGUCUCCAUCCAUCCUAUCACCCCCUCUUCCCUUCACACUCUCGUUUACUCUCCGUUUCUGCUGGUCAGUCUCUUCCUUGACCGUGUCCCUCGCUUCUAUACAUUCGUUUCCUUCCCAUCUUCUCCUCCUCCCACCCCUUUUUCUCUCUCUUUCCCUCCCCGCUCCCUCCCGCCAUGCGUCUCGUUCGAGAUUGCCUGUAUGGGGGGUUAUUCCUAAACACGGCGCUUUUCUCUCAGCUCUCCCACGCCAUUGAUAUUGAUAUCAGCAGUACCAGUUCCAUCAAGGAUGCCGCCAGUAAGACCGCCUACGGGUCCAUGACUUGGUAUCAUGGAAACGAAACCGGUCAGAUUCCCGGUGCUUUCCCUAGCAAGUGGUGGGAAGGUAGUGCACUCUUCACAAGUUUGCUCCUCUAUUGGUAUUACACCGGAGACAGUACCUACAACGACGAGGUCCGUCAGGGUAUGCAAUGGCAGGCGGGUGACUGCGAUUACAUGCCCGCCAACUACAGUAGUUACUUGGGUAACGACGAUCAAAUGUUCUGGGGUCUUGCCGCCAUCACUGCUGCCGAGAUCGAAUUCGCCGACAGCUCCUCCGGAUACUCCUGGCUCGCUUUGGCCCAGGGCGUUUACAACACUCAGGUCGAUCGAUGGGACGAUUCGACAUGUGGCGGUGGUCUGCGCUGGCAGAUCUAUCCUUAUGAAGCCGGUUACGCCAUGAAGAACUCCAUCUCUAACGGAGGUCUGUUCCAACUCGCUGCCCGCCUGGCCCGCUACACCUCCAACGACACGUACGCCGACUGGGCAGAGAAGAUUUUCGAUUGGUGUGCCUCGACUCCGUUGUUAAACAACCAGACUUGGAACGUGGCCGACUCCACCGAUGUCGAUAAUAACUGCAAAACCCAAGGAAACAAUCAGUGGUCUUACAAUUACGGUGUCUUCUUGACGGGAGCCGCGUACAUGUACAACUAUACCGGCAAGGCCAAAUGGAAGAACGCGGCGGAGGGUCUCUUGAACGUGACGCUCGACACCUUCUUCCCGGCGAAGUAUGGUGGAAACAUCAUGUCCGAAAUUCUCUGCGAACCGGCCGAAGUGUGCAACGACAACGAAAUUCUGUUCAAGGGACUCGUCACGGGAUGGCUUGGGCUUGUGGCUCUGAUUAUGCCGUCGACGUCCAGUCUCAUUCUGCCAAAACUGCAGGGGUCCGCCGAAGCUGCCGCAGCUUCCUGCAACGGAAUGGGCAACAACACCUGUGGUGUGCGCUGGUAUCCCAAGAAGUGGGAUGGGUGGAACGGAAUGGAGGAAGAGAUCGCCGUCACCAACGUUCUGGCCUCCGCAUUGUAUAGCACGAAGCAAACGGCCCCUGUGACCUCCAGUACUGGCGGCAACAGUACUAGCGAUCCGAACGCGGGUACAGGCGACAACACCGGUGACAGCGGCAGUACCGAAUCGAAGAUCACCACGGGCGACAAGGCGGGUGCCUCCAUCCUGACCAUUGCUUUUGUGGGCAUGUGGGGAGGUAUGAUCGCUUGGAUGGUCAUUGGCGGUUGAAAUAAACCACCAACCUACAAAGUGUUGUGAUUUGUCUGUCUAUAGUGAUUCUGUAAAUAUGGCUGGGCGAUUCCCCUCUUUGUCCUUGCUAUGUUCUUUUAUUUGGGCGGUUUCGGAAAGGCGCAAUGUGUCUAUAGGUCUACUACUACAUUUUUGUGAAUGCCUUCUCAUGCAUGUAUAUAAUCUAGAUAAGUUGGUUUGGACUGGACUGGUUGGCCUGGGUACGUGUCAGGUUUCCUGUACUUGAUAUCAUUCGUU